AUGGUGCCUCCCUCACAGACGCAACCAGCUUCACUCCACGCUGAUGGCCACAAGGAAGUUUCCCACGCCAAUCACCAUGUUCCCGCCUUUCUGGCCCUGUCUACCAGCAAUGAAUCUGCAGAACGAGAUAAUGGUAUUCAAGUGGUUCACGAUGGGACCCAGUUAACUGCGGAGGCGUUUCGUAACGAAGCGAUGGAUAUAUCACGACCUAUUAUCGUUAAGGACACGCCCGAGUCAAUCGGCAUGACCGUAUUUCGGCCAUUGGCAGUCCAGGAAGGAUCGGAAGAUCGAGUAACAAUUCGCCAUGUUGCAGAUGUUAUUGGCCACCAGUGGCCUGUCCGGGUGCUCGACGUGGAACAUCAGGAGGAGCUGCAAGGCUGGUCAUUGGGGGAUUUGGUUGAUCAUUUUGAAGAUGAGGGUCGACUCAGAGCAACCGGUAGUAACCGUGAUCAGGGGGGCUCAUCGCCGGAAAUCUGCGACAACUCGCACUGGGUUCCCAGACGACGAAAGGCGGCAACUAAAGCAUCUCAAAGUUUCAUGGAGCACCAGAGUCGACCGCGCAUUCUGAACCAAAUCUCUUUGGAAUUCUCCAGGACGGCUCUGGCCAGCAGAGUCAAAUCGCCAACGUUUGUUCGAGACCUUGAUUGGAUCGAGCAGCAAGACAAAAAAUCUACCACCCCCGUCCAAUACUACUGCCUUACGUCGAUGGCAGGAUGCUUCACAGAUUUCCACGCAGACUUUGGGGGAACUUCGGUCUGGUACCAUGUACUCAGUGGGUCCAAAAUGUUCUGUUUGAUUGCUCCCACGAAGGAGAACCUUGGCGUCUAUGAGGAGUGGUUGGGGCACAAAGACCAGGAAUCCACCUUUCUACCAAACCUCAUCAAGAAUCCAGAAGAAGUCAUCACGGCAUCCCUCGAGGCUUCUCAAACCCUCUUCAUUCCAACUGGUUGGAUUCAUGCGGUGUACACUCCAGACGAUGCCAUUGUGCUGGGGGGAAACUUCCUUCACGGCUAUGACAUUCCUGUUCAGCUAGCAAUCAACGACAUUGAGCAUCGACGAAAAGUUCCACAACGAGAACGCUUUCCUUUUUUUAGGGAAAUCCAUAUGGGUGCGGCUGCAUUCUAUCUGCAAAAGCUACGAGUUGGUGAUUACAAUGUAAUUGCAAGACGGGAACUCGACAAUAUUCCUGCCUUACUGAAGUGCUUGGAGGGAUGGCUUGGCGAGACUGGUACAAUGGACAAGGGCAGCUUGGAUUUUCAAGCUGCAACCUCGUACGCUCCAUCCAGUAUGGGUUAUUCGUCUCCGGAACAGCUUUUGCGAGCAUUGUGCCAAGAGCACGAGAAAGCCUUGGCUUCUUGGGCCAGCAUCAGCCGUUCCACUCCGGACAAGGGCUUGUCCAUGUUGGCGCCUGACUCGCCUAGAGACGCCAAGUUUGUUUCCGAUGCGAUGACAGCAAGCAAGGAACAAUCGGCCACUUUGGAAGUCAAAAAUCACUCGUUUCGCAUUGUCAUCUCGUCUGCGGCAAAGGAGCUGCAUAAUCCGCUGCCACGAGGUGUCCGAAAGUCAAAUCCGGGGAAAGAGUGUAACAGAUACGUCGACAAGGGGGACGAUGACGACGAUUGGGUGCCUCCGUCAGAGCAACGCAAUAACCAAAGACGUGCCUCGGGAAUCAGGCUGAAACUUAGCCUCAGUGGAGGCAGAAGUCCUCCCACUAAGAGGAAAAGCUCAGUGAAGGCUGCCCAGGGAAGCAAGCCAGACGUCAGACCCAUUGCAAAGAAGCCUAAGACAACAUCGCGACAAAGGUUGUUGAAGAAGUUUCGGUAG